CAAUUCUUGCUAAUUUUUUAUUUUCCAAAAAAGGAAAAAAAAUCUUAAAAGUUAAAAUCCCAGUAAAUUUUGUUGAUUAUAUUAUUUUACUGUUAAUAAAAUAUCCAAAAGGGAAAAAACAAGAGAGAAAUCGCUUUCAUUCUCUCUCUCUCUCUCUCUCUCUUCCUAUUUCUAUUUCUCCUCUCUCUCUCUCUGAAAACCUCCAUUGUCUCUGUGAUAUCUCAAAAAGCAGGACUUGUUGUCCCCCAAAGCCCGCACUAGGGUUUGCGCUUCGAAAUUGAGCAGAACUUGACCUCGGCAUUCCUCUUAUUUACACAAAAGUACCCUUCUUUUUUGGCCUCUUGCAUUUUUCAGAAUCUGAUCAGAGAAAGGGGGAGGCUUGAUUUGGAAGAAGGAUGGCAUUUUGGGUAAAUAAGCUGCGAAAGUGAGGUCGGAGAGUUUCUGGAUGGGCGUGGCCAAGUCGUGGAGGUUCAGCUUGACACCGGCGGCAGCGAAGCUGGCUCUGUUACAGCACCAGAACGGCUACAAUGGCGGCGGUGCGGCCAAGCUGCAGAGCUUGAGAUCGCCUAAAACGACGCCGUUUUCGCCGCGGCAGCGGAAGCAGCAGCAGCAGCCGCCGGCGACGAGGAGGUGGUCCGUAGUGUGUGGGCUGAUGCUGUUUGGGCUGGGCCUGGUCUCGCUCUUCACCGGACACGUCGCCUCUGAUCUCGAAUGGUGGUACACUCAGCGGGUGGCCAAUCACGGCUUGUACUUGAAGCUGACUGGAAAUGGUCGAGAGGCGAUUGAUGUUUGGAAGUCCAAGUACUCGAAAUUCUACUACGGUUGCAGUGAAAGAGGUCGGCAUUAUCCUCCGGCGAAAAAGGAGAAGGCAUCGAAUGGAUAUUUGCUGAUUGCAACUAGUGGAGGGUUGAACCAGCAAAGAACAGGAAUAACAGAUGCAGUGGUUGUGGCCCGAAUUCUUAAUGCUACCUUAGUUGUGCCUGAGCUGGAUCAUCAUUCCUAUUGGAAGGAUGAUAGUGACUUUGUAAAUAUUUUUGAUGUCGAAUGGUUCAUGUCUUCUCUUGCGAAAGAUGUGACAAUUGUUCGGAGAGUUCCUGAAAAAGUCAUGAGGAGCAUGGAUAAACCUCCAUAUACCAUGCGCGUUCCGAGGAAAUCUGAGCCUGAAUACUAUAUUGAUCAAGUUUUACCAAUACUUUUGAGGAGACGUGUUCUGCAACUGACAAAGUUUGAUUAUAGACUUUCGAGUAACCUUGAUGACGAGCUGCAAAAGUUGCGUUGUCGUGUUAAUUAUCAUGCACUUAGAUUUACAAAAUCUAUCAAUGAGCUGGGUCAGAAACUUGUUAUGAGAAUGCGACAGAUGGCAACACGUUUCGUUGCUGUCCACUUGAGGUUUGAACCUGAUAUGCUAGCAUUUUCUGGGUGUUACUAUGGUGGGGGUGAUAAAGAGAGAUAUGAGCUUGCUGAAAUAAGAAAACGAUGGGCAACUUUACCUGAUUUAAGCCCUCUUGAUGAGCGAAAACGAGGAAAAUGUCCGCUGACGCCUCAUGAAGUUGGUCUAAUGCUGCGUGCACUUGGUUUCACAAAUGACACAUACCUCUAUGUUGCUUCUGGUGAAAUAUAUGGGGGAGAAGAGACUCUAAGGCCUCUAAGAGAACUGUUCCCAAACUUUUACACAAAGGAGAUGCUUGCUAAUGAAGAGCUAAAACCUUUUCUUCCUUUCUCUUCUCGCCUCGCUGCAGUUGACUACAUUGUCUCUGACGAAAGUGAUGUGUUUGUCACUAAUAAUAACGGGAAUAUGGCCAAGAUUCUCGCAGGUCGAAGGAGGUAUAUGGGUCAUAAGAGGACAAUCCGGCCAAAUGCAAAGAGGCUCAGUGCUUUGUUCAUGGCAAGGGAUCAGAUGGAUUGGGAUACAUUUGCAAAAAAAGUGAAGUCAUGCCAAAGAGGAUUCAUGGGUGAACCUGAGGAUAUGAAACUUGGACGAGGUGAAUUUCAUGAAUUUCCAUACGCUUGUAUCUGCGAGAAACCAUCAAGUAGUAUUGAAAACAAAGAUCAUCACACACAAGUUGUAAAGGACUCGACACGGAAAACCAGAAAUCCAUAUAACGUAUAUUCAAGGGAGAAGGCUCUACACGUAUCUAUGAAGAGGAACAUGGGAAAAUCUGAAAGAGAUCAUGAGAAUGAUGAAGUUUUCCCAGACUAGUGGCGUGCAGAAAGGAAGCAAACUGAGGACUCAUGGUGGUGGGAAGAACUUCUUAUCUAAAUUAUUGGGGUAUGGCACUGGCUUUGCUGCUUCCUUAAUAUGGCAUAUUUUUUUCAUCGUGCCAACACAAUUUUAUGCACGGCGUGCUGCAUCUUGGGGGCGAUGUCAAUAUCUUUGGUUGGAUUGAUGAACGACUGGAGUGGAUCCAUGUAUAGGUUCAGUGAGCUGCAAUUGUUUAUAAGUAGUGUUGCUAGUAAAUAACUUGUAGGUUUGACAGUAACUGAUUGUUACCAGCUUUUGCAUUAACAAAAGUUUCUUGUGUGCGAGUGUGUAUUUUCAUUCAAUAUAGCUUCCACUUUGACAAUACG